GGCUCACUACUUGCGUAGCGUACAAGUCUCUGGAGCCGCGCGGAGCAGCAGCAGCAGCAGGCUUGUCAACACUGCCUGGGCCACACUACCGGCCGCUGGUGCUGUGUGGUGCUCCCUCAGCCCCACCCACGAGCGCACCUCCUCGACCAGACAUAAGCUCCUGCAGCUGCUCCAUGCCGUUAGUUAGUGCUCGAGUGCGGACUUGUGCUGACUAUUUAAGUGACAGUGUUGACUCGAUGCGCUGAAAUGCAGUGAAUGGCAGCGACUUGAGACGAAGAGGAAAGCAAUUCCCAGAUCUAUAUUUUUGUGUGGUGUAAACAAAGUGUUCUUAAGAUGCCGAAGAUUUUCUUAAUCAAGGACCGCUUGCAACAGCAGCAAGCCAAGCUGCUGGAGGCGCAGAAGGCAGGGACACUCCAAGACGACGAUCGCAGCAGACAUGGAGACGUUCACGGCUCGCCCUUCUCCAGCUCCACCCUCGACUUGCGGAGGGAGAGAUCCAGGAUAUCUCAAAUGGACACUUCGCCACCAGUCGCCCUCAGGAAAGACAGUCUAGCUCACUUAGGAAGGAACAGUCACCUUGAUUUUUCAAGGGACAGUCGAAUGGACCUGUCACGAGAUAGCCGUCUCGACCUGUCACGAGAUAACCGUCUCGAGUUGUCACGAGAUAACCGUCUCGAGUUGUCAAGAGAUAACCGUCUUGAGUUGUCACGAGAUAACCGUCUCGACCUGUCACGAGAUAACCGUCUCGACCUGUCACGAGAUAACCGUCUCGAGUUGUCACGAGAUAACCGUCUCGAGUUGUCACGAGAUAACCGUCUCGAGUUGUCACGAGAUAACCGUCUCGAGUUGUCACGAGAUAACCGUCUCGAGUUGUCACGAGAUAACCGUCUCGACCUGUCACGAGAUAACCGUCUCGAGCUAUCACGAGAUAACCGUCUCGAGCUGUCACGAGAUAACCGUCUCGAGCUAUCACGAGAUAACCGUCUCGAGCUGCCACGAGACAGCCACUUCGACUUGACCCGUGACGCCCACCUGGACCUAGACAGGGACAGCUCCCUGGAUUUACGUAUGGGAGGAAGAUGUUCGGAGCGAUGCCCGAGUCCCAGCAGCCGGAUCCCAAGAUACUCUCCUUCUAGCCGGCUCGAGGGCCAGCCUGAUGACCAGCCGCUGUCCCUCACCAUCAGAGACCGAGAUGACGACAGUGGGUAUUGGCGGGAGGAUGCCCGUGCCCGCAGCCCAAGCCGCCUCGACCCCUCAGACCGCACCCGCCGCAGCCUGCCGCCCAUCAGUCGCCUGCUGCCCCGGCCAGCCCUCCUGGUCCGCUCCCGCUCCCCAGCCCUGCCUCCUGCAGACAUGUUGCUGCCGCCGCAGGAAACGCCACUAGACUGCCAUGUGCCCCGACGGGCUGCAUCCCCGCGUCUGCCGCCCUUCUGUGACGUGCGACGACACCAACGAGCACCAUCACCAAUGGACUACGAACAUCGACCAUCCCGCUACCAUGACGACUCCAUAUUGCCUUACGACUUGACAACUCGUCGUGCACGGUCUCCCCGCAGCGUGUCGCCACAGUCGCUGCCACCGGUGCUUGCCUCAAUGCAUCUAACGCAGGUCACCAGCGCCGAGGACGGUGGUGGUCAAGGCAACGGCGGCGGCCCACCUCCCAGUCAACACGGCAGCAGCAACAAUGGCGGCUACGUUGACUCGUCGCAGACAUCCCUCUCAUUCUUUGGUUCAAUUGGCCUUGGUGGUGACAAAGGCGGAGUUGGUGGCGCUGACGGAGGUGGGGGAGGGGGUCAGAACCCCUCCGGAGGGAUGCCUAACGUGGAGACGACGUCACUGCCACCGCCAAUCCCAGCACCCAUUGAGCCCCAUGUAUAUUCCCUCCCCGAACACUGCCGCAGCAUCCCCCUCACUGCCAGUGACACCUCUCAGGCAUUCCCAGCACCCGCGCACUUCAGGGAGAAACACCUUCAACACAUACAGCCACAACACCAACUCCAGCAACCACAGCAGACGCACCAAACCCACUUCCAGACGCAGCAGCUCCAGCAGCAGCAAACACAGCCUCAGUACACAAUACCGCCACUGUCGCCCUCACCGCUACCUGUGUCGCCGCCGCUCAGCUGCUCUUCCUCGCCUCUCACUAGUGGCACCACCAUCCUCAGGUCCCCACCAGAGGCACAGACCUUCGAGCCCCUCACUACUCAAACACAGGUUCCUCUGGUGUCGUCCACUGACCUACAGACUGGGUGGUGUGAGCGCUCGCCCAUGUCUCCUCAGUACAUGCAGACCAGCUACCCCAGCAGGCCCUCUCCUGGGGGCAGCUCUAUAAUGGACGCCUCUUCCCCGCCGUUGCACGAUCUCCAGCGCGAGGUGCCCCUACAAGUGCGGGUGUCCAUCCUGCAGCAGCGGCUGGGCCUACCCGAGGACACGCCCCUGGAAUUCGUCAAUGGUGGUCACGGCAUCAAGAACCCGCUGGCCCCGAACCUUGACUCGCCGCGCCCGGAGGUUUCCGAGAAGUUGCAGCCGCCGCCUCCAGUUAUGGAAGACGACAGCAGCAAGUUCGUAUGUCGCGUCUGUUCCAAAGCUUUCAGUCUGCAGCGACUUCUUAAUCGCCACAUGAAGUGCCACUCGGACGUCAAGCGAUACCUUUGCACCUUCUGCGGAAAAGGAUUUAAUGACACCUUUGAUCUCAAGCGCCACACUCGUACACAUACAGGUGUGCGGCCGUACAAAUGCAACCUGUGUGAGAAGUCGUUCACCCAACGUUGUUCCCUAGAGUCCCACUGCUUGAAGGUGCACGGCGUUCAGCAUAGCUACGCCUACAAGGAGCGCAGGUCCAAGGUGUAUGUGUGCGAGGAGUGUGGCCACACCACUGGGGAGCCCGAGUGCCACUAUCUUCACCUCAAGGACAACCACCCUUACAGCCCCGCACUACUCAAAUUCUACGACAAGAGGCAUUUCAAGUUCAACAACUCCAAUUUCACGAACGUUCUUCUCAUGAGUCAAACGUAGAGAUGUGCGCUAAUAACGGACGAAGAUGUCCUUGCUAGCUGUGCGUUGUAAGACGAUGGUGAAGUCCUGCGAUUUCUGUUGUUGCGGUGUGGGCUGCCCUGCACGGAGCCGCCUUGGUCACCGGUACCCUGUGCAGUGCGCUUGUCACUGUCACCAGUGCGAGAGAUGAACCUGGCACUGCUCAUGGCUGCCGUGUGGACCAGUUCCUGGUCCCGGCUCUACACCACGCAAACACAGAUCGACCUCGUUAGCUUACGUGUGUUACGUAUUUUUAUACUUAGCUAAAUAUAAAAAUUAAAGGCAUUAUAUUUUAAGUAUAUAAAAUAUAUAUUUCCAUAAUAGAAAAAGAUUAUAGUGUUCUUAAAUAUGCAAUUCGUGUGCAUAUGAUAAGAUUUAUUGUGAAGUCAAGCAUGUGCGCAGGCUGUAUGAAGCAGAAUAUGCUGGCGAUAAGGGCAGUUAUAUGACAUAAUUACUAUAUGGCGCUACAAGCGCUCAGAAUAUAUGUGGAUUCGUUGCAAUAUAGAUGUUAAGAUAUUGCUGAACCAAUGACUUGUCCUGCACUUACGUGAUGCUUCGGUAUAAGUGCUGUCCACCUCCUCUCUCCUUCCUUCAUACUUUACCACCAAACUUUUGUCUUAAUUUUGGACUUGUAAAAUUAUUUUAAAAUUAAAAAAAAAAUAAAGCAAGCUGCUGUGUUCAAGUAUGUUGUGAUGAUCUCUAAAUGUAACUUGUGGGCAUUAGAUAUGAAUGGUGCUCCAAAUUGUAAGUGAUACAUAUACAUAUAUAUUAUAUAUAUUUUAUAUUUACAAUAACCACCAACCAAUGAUAUUUACCUCAGAGCUGAGACCCUCACCACCUACAGCUAAAACCCAGGAUCUGGAACCAAGAUCUGGAAAUCCUCAGCCUGAUGUCUGGGGCUCUGGAGUAAGAGACCAAAGAGCUGGUGGUUCCUUGGUUAUUUGGCGUCGAAGGACGGCGCAACACACCUGUCAACAGGUAGUGUUGCAGUCUCCUCCCGCAGCGAAGGGUAUAUUAGAAGCUGUUGAUGCGUAACAGCUGGUAGUGGACCAAGACGGCGCUCUGGUGGUAUCUUCCGGUGAAGUACAAGAUGUCUGAUGGGUGUAAAUAGGAUGUACAUUGUUCGUUAUCUUAGUUUUUGGUAUUUUUGUAAACCCUGCGAGCUUUCUCACCUCUGUGCUAGUGCUUAGGAUGGGCCUCGUCCAUGGGUGAUAAAACAGUUGACGGGCCGCCACCUGUGCCAGUUUAGUCUACGGUGAAAACACUUCCAGUCCUAGAUAAUACUUGUAAUUAUCAACUAGAUGUCGCUGUAUAUUUAGCAGUUAUGCAGGGAACAUUGCAAUAAUCAAGAUAAAUUGUUCUGUUAGAAGAACAGAUUCUGAAGUCGGGACUGUAUCGAUGUAUAAUACAAUUUGAUGUUAUGCAGUGCAGGGAUAGAGGCUUCAUGAAACCAAUGGUGCGAAUGAGUGCAAUUGUGGUGUUGGACAUAACUUAAACUAGCGUUCAACUGUAGCGGCUAGAUGGACAACGUUGUUAGGAGAGACUGCAACAACUGUGGCUGGGGGGGGGGAGGGAUUACGAUACUGUUGCAAAUGUUGCAUUAGGGUCACUUUCCAAUGGCACUUAGGAACUAUCAGUCAUUUCUCAAUUAAGGUGAGCUUUUCAUGUCAUCUUCGCCUCUUUACGGGUUGCAGUUAAUGUUAUUAAUAGACUUUGAUCUUAUUUAUGACCGGGAACCAUGAUAUGUUGGUGCCUGUCUCUUGUGAAUUUUUUCAGUCACAUAUAAUAUAUUUUUAGAAUAUUUUGUGUGUUUCCACGUGUAUCUUCUCUCUCUCUCUCAUAUAUGUAUAUAUAGUUGAAACUAAGAUAAUAAAGAAUUUUUUGGAACUAA